AUGGAAUCCAUCGAAGGAUCUGAAGCAAAGACUUUAUAUAAUCUCAUGAAGAGGAAUGCCAUUGAAGAGAAACAGAUACAUGCAGAGGGAAGGCAGUAUGGGGAAACACAUGUCAGAGAAAGGUCAAAACAGAACAUUUACUCACAGUACUCAGAAGAAACCAACCCUGUGGUCAUUUGGACUUCAGACUUCAGACAAGAGGAUCGCCCCGCGCUGAGCCGGCUGGUGGGCAGCAGGAGGCGCCUGAUAGCCGCUGGGGCGCUGGGGGUGGUGAUGGUGCUGCUGCUGGUCAUCCUCAUCCCGGGCGAGCCCGGCCGCCAAGGCCUGCCGGGCCCGCCGGGGGCGCCCGGCCUGAACGCAGCUGGGGCCAUCAGCGCCGCCACCUACAGCACGGUGCCCAAGAUCGCCUUCUACGCCGGCCUCAAGCGGCAGCACGAAGGCUACGAGGUGCUCAAGUUCGACGACGUGGUCACCAACCUCGGAAACCACUACGACCCCACCACGGGAAAGUUCACCUGCUCCAUCCCCGGCAUCUACUUCUUCACCUACCACGUCCUGAUGCGCGGAGGGGACGGCACCAGCAUGUGGGCUGAUCUCUGUAAAAACAACCAGGUGCGUGCUAGCGCCAUUGCUCAAGAUGCUGAUCAGAAUUACGACUAUGCCAGCAACAGUGUGGUUCUUCACUUGGAGCCAGGAGAUGAAGUCUACAUCAAAUUAGAUGGCGGGAAAGCCCAUGGAGGGAACAACAACAAAUACAGCACGUUUUCUGGAUUUAUUAUUUAUGCUGACUGAUAACGCAGAAACUAAGCUGAUUAUUCUGAGUUCGAACACCGGAUUCGUACGGCUAACGUCAGUGAAUCAAGGAUCCCAGGGGAUGCCAAUCACGGGGCACCUCAGUUGUGUAUAUGUGGGGAAAUCAAAUGCUACCUGACUCACAUCUGUAUCACUCAGAAACAUUAUGUAAAAAAAAAAAGUUAAAACAAGAUAAGCAGAUGUGUGAUCCACUACCGCCAAAGCAAAUACUCCUUAUUGUUAGUGUCCAUGUGAAUGAAGUCCUAUAUAGAUCACAAAUUUUUAUAGAAAAAUCUAAGACACUGAAUUAUUUCUUCAAUAUAUAUGAUACUUUGGUGUACUGUGAUCUUGCUGCUUUCAUCCAUAUGUCAGCUUUGGUUCUUGUGAGUUGACCUGCUUAUUAUGAGACUCGGAGUCCAUUCAUAGUGUGGGGAAGAAUGAUUUUUACCCUGCAGGAGAAGGUCUAAUUGAAAUAAUGCUGCUUGCCCCCAAAGAAAUCGUUUGCCUUGUAUCCUUGUUAACUUUAGAGCUAGACCUGGGAAUGAUUCAACUUCAAGCCUUAACCUGGAAUUUUCUGGAUUUGAGGGAAUUCCCAAGCCUAUGAUCAUUUUCCCACUUUCUUUUUCUUAGGAAUUUUCUUUUCUCUCUUUUUGGGUGAUAGUCUUUAAAAAUAGAGGUUGAAAUUGUGUCAUAGGAUUACCCCCUGAGUGUAAAAAUGUGUCAUUAUGUACGGUAUUUAGAAAAAGCCCCUGUGUGUCUAUUUUGUCAAUAGGAUACAUUUAGAUUUACUUGGAAAGUCAGAGAAAUUUAUUCUUUGGUAUUAGACUGAGGUUUUUGCCUGCUUUGGAACAAAAAAUUAUUCAUAACCCAGUGCACAAAGGUUUAAUUUGAGCUGCUGCAUGCAUUACCAAGGGUAUACUAAGUAAGGCCUUCAAACAGUUGCUACAAGUCUGUGGCCUGAGGUUAUUUUAAAAUUAACAAUUUCACAUAUAACCACUAUGUCAGCAAAGUAUAUAUAUUUUAUAC